AUGGACGCAAAGCCUCGGAAGUCAAACGUGUUUUCGAAGAUUGAUAUGACUGUUCCUCUCACGAAGGAGUACAGGAUACACGGAAGUGCUUUGCCUACUGCAACUGAUCCAAGGCCACAAGUGUAUGCAGCAACUAUUUUUACCAAGAACCACGUGUUUGCAAAGGCACUGUUCUUCAAGAUUCUUGAGAAGAAGUACAAGAUAAAGGCAUCGAAGGGGCUUAUUAUUGACUGCACAGCGAUUCCUGAGCCAGAGUUUAGGGAGGUCCAGAAUUAUGGAGUAAGAUUUGUGUACCGAAGUAAGAAGGGAAUUCACAACUCGUACAAGGAGUGCAGGGCAAUCAGCAGGUGUGCAGCAGUUGAUUAUAUAUUGAGGGAGCUUUCUGGAAGGAACCAUCUGAAGAGGGCUGACGUCGACAUAAUCAGUGUUGAGAUGCUUUCUAAAGACAACAUACUUCGAGGAAAGACAAUUGACUUCAGUAAUGAGGAGGUUGAGUUCCCAGUGUUUUCAAAAUUGCUUAACACGAAGAAGCUGCUUGUUUCUACAGACUACGAUCCUACUGAUUAA